UUUGUUUUUGAAACAGGAUUCAAAUGUUAAAUUCGCUCAUUAAAAGAUUUGUUCUGUAUCUGGAAAGCGCACGCCUCUCCCUGGUUUCCACUCGGACGACAAUUCCGGGUGUACCGGAAGUCUUGAACACGUGUAUGCACUUUCAGUGUCGCUCCUGUUUCACGUACGCUCCAGAAAGCAAUGGAGACUGUAACGGAGGGAAAAUGGGAUGGUUUACCGGUGAAACUGAAUGACGGCAUUUUGCAGACACUGGCGGAGCUGAACUUCACACAUAUGACCCCUGUUCAGUCUGCGUGCAUCCCCCUGUUCAUGAGUAAUAAAGAUGUGGCGGCCGAAGCGGUGACUGGCAGCGGAAAGACGCUGGCUUUCGUUAUUCCCGUACUAGAGAUCCUUCUGAAGCGCGAACAGAAGCUAAAGAAAAUGCAGGUGGGUGCGUUGAUAGUCACUCCCACGCGAGAGCUGGCCACUCAGAUCAGCGAGGUGGUGGGCGGGUUCCUCAGGCGCUUCUCUCAGUUCAGUCAAAUACUUCUGAUUGGAGGGAGCAACCCAGCUGAGGAUGUGGAGAAGCUGAAGACCUAUGGGGCCAACAUUGUUAUCGGGACCCCAGGCCGGAUAGAGGACAUGUUCCGGAGGAAGGCAGAUGGGCUGGAUAUGGUGAACAGCGUGAAGUCUCUAGAAGUCCUAGUCUUGGAUGAAGCCGAUCGACUGCUGGACAUGGGGUUUGAAGCAAGUCUGAACACCAUCCUGGGAUUCCUACCCAAGCAGCGUCGCACAGGUCUGUUCUCGGCCACACAGACCCAGGAGCUGGAGAAGCUGGUCAGGGCCGGUCUGCGCAACCCAGUGCGAAUCACCGUCAAGGAGAAAGGGGUGGCAGCCAGCAGCGUCCAGAAGACUCCAGCCCGGCUCUGCAACUACUACAUGGUGUCCCGGGCAGAGGAGAAGUUCAACACCAUGGUGGCCUUCCUCAGGCAGCACAAGCAUGAGAAGCAGCUGGUGUUCUUCAGCACCUGCGCCUGCGUGGAGUACUUCGGCAGGGCCCUGGAGCUGCUGGUCAAGAAUGUUCCAGUGCACUGCAUCCACGGCAAGAUGAAGCACAAGCGCAACAAGAUCUUCUCGGAGUUUCGAAAGUUGAAGAGCGGCAUCCUCGUCUGCACGGACGUCAUGGCACGUGGCAUUGACAUCCCAGAGGUCAACUGGGUGCUGCAGUAUGACCCGCCCAGCAACGCUAGUGCCUUCGUUCACCGGUGUGGCCGCACAGCACGCAUCGGCCACCAAGGCAGCGCCCUGGUUUUCCUCCUUCCUAUGGAAGAAUCUUACGUCAACUUUCUAUCCAUCAACCAGAAGUGUCCUCUGCAGAAGAUGUCUCCUGUGAAGGAUGUGGUGGACGUGCUGCCCAAGCUGAAGGCUAUGGCCCUUGGCGACCGUGCCGUGUACGAGCGGGGCAUGCGUGCCUUCGUCUCUCACGUCCAGGCUUACGCCAAGCACGAGUGCAGCCUCAUCUUCCGGGUCAAAGAUCUGGACUUCACUGCUCUUGCUCGGGGCUUUGCACUGCUUCGGAUGCCCCGGAUGCCCGAGUUGAAAGGGAAGACAUUCCCUAACUUCGUGGAGGAGGCGGUGGACACUGACGCCAUCCGCUACAAAGACAAGAAUCGGGAGAAGCAGAGGCAGAAACAGCUGGCGGAGCAGAGGGACAGGCAGGCGGCGAGACCUGCGCCCCCCAGGAAGGGCUUCGUGAAGAACAUGGCCUGGUCGAAGCAGAAGUCCAAGAAAGACAGAAAGAGAAAGAUGGCAGCGAAAAGGAAGCAGGAUGAGGACUCUGACGUCGAUGAGGCGGACAUGAACGAGUUGCUGAACGACACGCGGUUACUGAAGCGGCUGAAGAAGGGAAAGAUCAGCGAGGAGGACUUCGAGAAGCAGCUGACUGCAGGAGCUGAGGAGGACGUGUGAAAGGGAGGCAGCGGUUAGCGGACACGUGACACGGUGGCUGACGGUCGGCCUCGUCUCUCCAGUCAGGUUCUAAGGGCCAUUUGUACCAGACUGGCGGCUUCAGCAAGAGAUCUCUGUUGAGCAAUGAGACAUGCUACAACAACUUGUCACCAGUAGGUGGCAGUAUCAUAUGCAUUUGGCUGUUGUGGUCACAGGGUUUUCCUGCCAUGUACCGUGGUGCGAGACAGUGGCAUGUCAAAUGGAGUACUUCCGGGCCUACAUGCCAUUCAUUUUAUUGGAUCAGUGCGAUUCUGUGUACUGAAGAGACUGAUGAAAUCUAUCCUGAAUUAAAGUUUUUACUACUUUUGGUUGA